CUGUCAAUCUCCUGUCAAUUUUUUCAACGCAGUUUUUAGGUUAUGUUUACAUGUUAAAUAAAUAAAAGUUAUUAUGUAUAAAAGGCAAGAUGAGUAGUAUUAUUACUGAUGCUCUUAAUGUCCUGCACGAGGAAUCAUCAGAUUUAUAUUUGGGUGAGGGUCUCUCUGAAACACGGGCAUUAGAGCCACUAGAGUUCUUCAGGGAAUAUGUAUCAAAGAACAUACCAGUUAUCAUCAGAGGAGCCUGUGAUUCCUGGCCGGCUACAAAUAAGUGGAAUGCUGACUAUUUUAGAAAAACAAUACCAGAUAAAAAGGUGACGGUAGCAGUAACCCCCAAUGGUCUUGCAGAUGGCAUCACCGUCAAUGAUGUGGGGAAGGAAUAUUUUGUCAUGCCAUAUGAAGCGGAGAUGACAAUGACAGAGUUUUUAGAUUGCUUGGAGCAGAAAAGAGAAAACUACAUACCAUACAUACAGAAACAAAAUUCCAAUCUAACGGAAGAUUUCAAAGAGCUAUUAUGUGAUGUAAAACCAGAAAUACCAUUUGCCAGUGAGGCAUUCAAUAAGUCACCGGACGCUGUCAAUUUUUGGAUGGGAGACGACAGGGCUGUCACGUCAAUGCACAAAGACCCAUACGAGAAUAUCUACUGCGUGAUAGAUGGUUACAAAGAGUUCAUCCUCAUACCCCCUACGGACUUACCUCUAGUACCUUACCACCGUUACCCUAGAGCUGAGUUCAAGUAUAGUGAUCACUGGGAAAUAGAGCCGGUUAAAGAUGAUGAUGAAACUGGCCUGCCUUGGAUUUGUGUAGACCCUAAGCAGCCAAAUUACUCAAAAUACCCCCAAUUUAAGAAGGCCCACAAAUACAGGUUACGUCUAGACAAAGGCGACUGCCUAUACCUGCCCAGCCUAUGGUUCCACCACGUAACGCACAGCCAUGGGUGCAUAGCUGUCAACUAUUGGUACGACAUGGAUUUUGAUAUUAAAUAUUGUUAUUUUAAAAUGUUGGAGAAAAUGUGUAAGUUUUAGGUUUUUAUAAUUCUGUUAAUAAAUAUUUUUUGAGUUAC